UUACACUUUUGUAAACAACAUGGCGAUUCACGGACUGGCCCUGCUAGCAUACUGAUCAAAUAUUGUGCUGUCAAACUUCAGCUAUUUGGUGUUAUAAACGUAAUACGUUAGACCUUGGGGAAGUAACGCGGAGGCUUGAUUGUUAAGUUUGUACCGAAACGACACAGAGCUGGACCUGAGAGCUGUCAAGAAGAGCGUUUGACAGUCAAACGGCCCUCUUCAGUCUAUGGGCUCUCAGUCCAGUUCUGGGAUGUCUGGUGGAAGGGGCUCUUCCAGUGGCAACCCAGCUGAUCAGUCAGAAGCAGCAGAACCAAACCAGAGCAGCAGCAGCAGUAGCAGCAGCAGCAGCAGCCGGGGCCGCAGGACGGCUGAUAGGCAGCAAGUAGACAUACAGCCAGCAUCAGAGGAGGACGUUGACUUAGCAGAAGUGCUGGCUUACCUACUGAGAAGGGGCCAGGUCCGACUGGUCCAUGGCAGUGGAGCCACAGGGCUGCAGCUGGUCCAGUCAUACUCUGACUCUGACGAGGACAGUGACGGAGCCUGGGAGGGUCGGCUGGGUGACCGCUACAAUCCCCCAGUGGACACCCAACCCGACACGCAGGAAGUGGACCAAAGUGAGAUCCGAACUCAGAUCCUGCUGGCCACCGGCUGCUCUACCCUGAAAGCCCAACACAGUUUCACCCACAUGCUAACAGAGAGGGAACAAGGCAGAUGUAGAGGCUCCAGUUUUUCCCAUGGCGAGUGCAGUCGUAUCCGCACACAUUUCCUGCCAAACUAUGUGUCCCACAAGGAUACGUACCAGCAGAAAGCCUUCUGCGGAGUGUACAGCGAGGAUGGCAACAUGUUCCUCUCUGCCUGCCAGGACCAGAACAUCCGCUUGUACGACACCACCAAGGGGCGCUUUCACCUGAGGCAAACCGUGAAGGCUCGUGAUGUGGGCUGGAGCGUGCUGGACGUCUGCUUCACACCUGACGCACAAAAUGUGCUCUACUCCAGCUGGUCUGACUACAUUCAUUUGUGCAGUAUAGAUGGAGACAGUGAAACCCACACCGCCCUGGACCUCAAUCCAGAUGAGAGGAGGUUCUGUGUGUUCUCACUGGCUGCGUCCACAGAUGGCAACGAGAUCCUGGGAGGAGCAAACGAUGGCUGCCUUUACGUUUUUGAUCUUGAGCAGAACAAGCGAACGUUGAAGAUUGAUGCCCAUGAGGACGACGUGAAUGCGGUGGCGUUUGCCGACAGCUCGUCCCAGCUGCUCUUCUCUGGCAGCGACGACGCGCUGUGCAAGGUGUGGGACAGACGGACGCUGCGGGAGGACAGACCGCAGCCUGUCGGACAGCUGGCCGGCCACCGAGACGGCAUCACCUUCAUUCACAGCAAGGGUGACGCACGCUAUCUGAUAAGCAACUCAAAGGACCAGUCCAUCAAGCUCUGGGACGUCCGGAAGUUUUCACCCAAAGAGGGGUUGGCAGCUUCCCGUCUGGCUGUCACCCAACAAAACUGGGAUUACCGCUGGCAGCAGGUUCCCCAGAGAGCCCUGAAGAGACACAAGCUGACAGGCGACACCUCGGUGAUGACCUACCGUGGUCACGGCGUUCUGCACACCCUCGUCCGCUGCCGUUUCUCUCCAGAGUUCAGCACUGGACAGAGGUUCAUCUACUCUGGCUGUUCCACUGGCAAAAUCAUCAUUUAUGAUGUCCUGACGGGCGGCGUAGUCUCCAGACUUUCGGGCCAUGACGCGUGUGUGAGGGACGUCAGCUGGCACCCCUACGAGGACAACAUCGUCAGCAGCUCUUGGGACGGAGCGGUGCGAAUGUGGGAGCACAGACAGACCCAUCCGCUAGAGGAGGAGAGAGAGCGUGAGAGAGACUGCCAACGUGAGAAAGACCUUUAGACGGCGAGAGAAGAAGAAGAGAGACAAAGGAAAAGAUGUCAGAGGAAGUGACGUCGCUACAGAGGGGGCGAGGCUGGCCCUAACACAGGCAGACAAUAAGCGCUGAAGGACUGGGAGAGACUUAAACAUCUUUUAAACUCAAUGCUGGAUAAUAAUGAUUACAGUUAUAGCGUGGUUGCCAAGUGUUAAUUUGGAAGGCAUUAUAGCCUUACGUUGUCAAGUGCAGAUUCGGGCACAGUGGGACGCCCUACUUCUGUUUUUCUUCUGUUUUUGCCUCACCGUCAACGGGCCAAAGCUUUUCAAUUUGGCCUGAAACACGCAAAAGUGCUCGAGACGCGUAGCACUGCACUUACUUAAUGAGCUAUUGAAAUGUAAUGGUAAGUUAGUCAUAAAAAUCAAUGUUGGAUAUUGCAGGGAGAAACUGAGGAUGGUAAUUCUGUAUAAAUGUAUAGUAUUUUAAUGGUAUGUGCAUUCAGGGAGUGUAUUUAGAUAGUUGUCAGUGUGCUGACUUUUGACUUGCUGUUAUGAAUAACAUGAGCUGUAUUUGAGGGGCCGUCACGUUCAAAGUCAAAAUUUAAAGACCGAUUAUAUUAUAAUAAUCCAGUAAAUUAUUUAACACUUGCCUCAAGUCACGACUCCUAAACAUGGCAAGCAUGUAACUUUCCUGAGUUAAACUUUGGUCCACCAGCUGUUCAAGAGCGACCGCCUGGUGGUCAACUUCCAAUGUUGAAAUUUGCAGCAUUACCAAGUCGACCAGGACGCCCCGAACGUUAGUUUAACUGUCACACGGACAAUGCUUUUAUGUUUAAAACCCCUAAAGUUUAAACCCGAUAGUUUGAGGUCUUAUUAUUGAUCCUGGGUCAGCGCUCUGUAAACACAAGCCCUGAGUACAUAAAAAAAAGAGUAAUUUUGUUGGCCAAUAUAAACCUGUGAUCUGUUUUAAAAGGUUUGAAUGUGUGUGAUAAUAUGUUGAGGUAAGACUGGGGAUGUGUGCGUGGAUCAAAACUUACACACUGAUCUGUAUAUGCAAUUUUCAGGUGUUCAUACUUCACUCUCAGACUGUUGUUUUACAGUAACAAUAAAACCUUUCUUUCAAUGUAU